AUGUACCGAUUGAACGGCAUCGCGCACGUGGCAGGUUUUAUCGACGAAGAGCCAACCCGGUGUGUACGGACUAUCCGCAGGCAACAAAAGAUGAUAUUGCAUGACCGUAUUAUGCCUUACUUAGAUAGCGCCGGAUUGCUGCAUGUUGCUAGGCUGAAUGAUUAUUGGUUUAAGCUGGAUGAGCCACUAAUUAGUGCCUUUGUUGAGCGAUGGCGUCCAGAGACACACACUUUUCAUAUGCCAUUUGGAGAGUGCACUGUCACUUUACAGGAUGUGGCAUAUCAAUUCGGCCUCCCUGUUGAUGGAUUUCCAGUUAGUGGUUGUCUCAGUGACUUUGAGCAGUUGAUGGAAGGUGGUAAACCUGCGUGGCAGUGGUUUGAAGAGUUGUUCGGUGAACUUCCUCCUGAAGACUGUAUUGAUGAGUUCACCGUGUCAUAUGGCUGGUUCCAAAACAGGUUGAGAGUAAUGCCGAAUGAUGCUACAGAUUCUAUGGUACAGGUCUAUGCUCGUGGUUACAUAAUGAUGUUGUUGUCCAUGAUGCUUUUUGGCGACAAGUCUGGGGCUAGAGUGCACUUACGCUGGCUCCCGUAUGUUGCGGAUCUCGACGGACUCGGAAAGCUCUUCAAGCACAUAAAUCGUUUCAUGUGA